AUGGAACAUGAAAAGGGUAUUUUGCAGGAUGUACUGGUGUAUGAGAGUAAAAGGAAGAGGGAAAAUGGGAAUGUUGUUAUUUUAAAUAUGGAGACGCUAGUUUUUGAAAAGAUGGAUGGAGAGGUUUUGCUUUUUUGGGUGGAUAUUUGGGUUCGUCACAAGGAUGACCAGAGAUGGAGAAAUCCUUUGGCUAGUCUGAUGAGAUUGGAGACUAGUAGGCUCCAAGCUGGAGAAGCAAGUUCGAAAGAGAUUAUCCAUUGUUGUAUUUCAGGUGGCGAAGAAAGAUAG